AUGCAGCCAACCAACCCGAACCCGAAUACGAAGAGGCUCGCCACAGAUGUGUCUCCAUUCUCGGUCUUCGUAAAUCAGCCAAAUCCCCGACAACGCAAUCGAAUACAUAAUCAAGCCAUCAAAAGGGCCAAAGCGAAUAUUGGCAAACGCCGCGACCACAUCUUAUCGACGUCCCAAGAAGUUGAUACUGAUCCGAGGCAUCGUCUUGAUCCAUUGCUCGGCUCGACCAAGGCUGGCAUCGACUCUAAUGCCACGGCGACGGCCCUCACGCCGUCACCGAGAUUGACCGUGACAUCUGGUGGGUUGCGCGGCGACCCAUUCUGCGCUUUUCCAAUAUCAGCGGAUGGGGGUGUCCUUUCCGCUGUCGACUACUUCCUCCAGCACUAUGCGCCGGUCCAUAUCAAUCUGAGAAAGGAGCAGUUAGGUCCGGGGGAUAGCUUGCCGCUGUCACGAAGGUACUUUGGUCUCGCGCUGGAGAAUGCAUCCAUGUUUGAACUCAUGGUGGCGCUUGCCCAAGCCUCAUAUGAAGCCCGCCAAGGAAAUGCUCGGGGACCCACGAGGGAAGUUUUGGUUCACUAUGGCAAAGGAGUCGAAGCUCUGCGUCUGAAAAUGGCGCGGAGCUCGGCCUGCGACGACGACGCUACAAUCUUGGCUGUCAUGGCGCUGCUGGGUAUUGCAUUGAUUUACAAUGAUUUUGCUUCGUUCGAGACGCAUUUAAUUGGCCUACGCCACCUUGUUGAAAUGCGAGGAGGGGUUGAUUAUUUGGGAUGGGACGGCUUCUUGAAGAACGCCAUCACUGGCCUCGAGUCUCUCUGGGCGUACCACGAAAACAAGAAACUUAUUAUUUCUACGACCGAGGCCAGCAUCAAGCUCCAGUAUCCGAGCCAUCCAUUUCCUCCGGACCUCUGCGCCUUGAUUGCCAAGCUUCCCGACGGAUUUCGGGAAGUCGCCUUGUCCGGUCGUCUCUGUGUCCACAUCAUUACCCUGUUAUCAGGCAUAUCAGAAUGGGUCGAUCAACUGCAAAGCCCGCGAAAGAAAGGGGUGCUGCCACUGGGAGAUCCAAAUGGCACGUACCUGAAGCAGACACACGUGUGUCUCGAAUUGGUGCCUCUUCGCGGGCUGAACACGUUUGAGAGGGUUCUCUGUUCUGCCCUCGCGGCCAUCACGACGGAGACCUUCAACAAAUCGAAGCAGCAGAACCCAGUCCACCGACGUUUGAUCGAAUCACUGUCGGAAAUGCUUUGUCGAUAUAACCUCCGGGAUUUGCCGCCCGAAUGUGCUACAUGGAUGGCGUUGGUCAUAGCAGGCCCCGUAUUUCCACGUGCUGAGGGAGCCGCGGGCAAGGCGACGGCACUCGGUACAGGCCAGCCGCAAACCCCAAGAACUAUACUUCUAGAUAGGAUACUCGAGAGUUCAACCAGCGCCAGGAAUUGGAAGUGGGUCAAGAAGUCAGUCGCGAAGUUCUUCUGGAGUGAAGACUUACUGGAGACAUGGCGACAAACUUGGGAGCUAGGGGUGUUGCGACACACCGACAAGGUCAAAGAGAGACGAAAAUGA